CCAUUGAGAAAAAUCCGAGUCGGACCCUAGUGGCCGCCGGCGGGAGCCCGGGUCCCCCCCCCCCCCCGCCCUCCCAGCCCGCGGGACGGUACCGCGCCACAAGCUGGGAGCCCGGGGCCCGUCUCCCCGCGCCGGGGCUCCGAACCCUCCCUCCCCAGCCCUGGGAGCGCCUGGCGGGCAUGAGAGCCGGGUGCCUGCCCCUCCCGAGUUGCCAGCGACCUGCCGCCGUCCGAGCAGCCGGAGGAGGGAGCGGGCACGCUGACUGCCGAGCAAUGUCCAGGAGGAAACAGAGCAACCCCAGGCAGAUCAAACGUUCCUUUGGAGAGAUGGAGGAAGGUGAUGAUGCCCCGGCGGAGGAGAACAGCCAAGCUGAGACAGAGGGUGCUGCAUCAGCCCAAAACGGAUCUGCAGAGUGUGAUGCCUCAAGCCCUCCUGGCAGUGAAGAAGCAGAGUCCAGAGAAGCCUCGGAAAGUCCCAAGGAGUCAAAAAAGCAGGAGCCUGGAGAAAAUCUGCAGGAGCUGAAUCCAUGGAACGGGCCAGAUGAGCUGGAGCUGGUCGUGCUGGAGGGGGAGAGCAGAGUGCGUGCUAGGCGGAGCCUGCCAGAGGGAUUGUCCUGGGGGCCGUACACAGGGAAUAUCCACAGCGAGCCGGCUUCUCUGGGGCAGAGCGAGACGAGUCCACUCGUGACACUGAUGCUGGAAGACGAGCGCUGCUGGCUGUCCAGGCUGCCCCUGGUGUCCGGAGAAGCCGACGCCAACUCGGUGAUCUACAGGAAGGGUGAAUUGAUCUGGUGCAAAACCACCCAGGCCAUUGAGGAGAAGGAGCUGCUGAGCACCUUCGUUAUGGCCGAGCCGCAGGGCCUGCCGAACCACACAGUGAAAUCAGAACCCGGGGACUCCACCUACCCAGCCACGCUGCAUUCGGACAUACAGCUUCUGCCCCAGCAGGCAGGCAUGGCAGCCAUCUUGGCCACAGCUGUUGUUAACAAGGACGUCUUCCCCUGCAAGGACUGCGGCAUCUGGUACCGGAGCGAGCGGAACCUGCAGGCCCACCUCAUGUACUACUGCGCCAGCCGCCAGAACUCCAGCUCGCCCUCGGUGGACGAGAAGCCCAAGGAGGCGUACCCCAACGAGCGCGUCUGCCCCUUCCCGCAGUGCAAGAAGAGCUGCCCGAGCGCCAGCUCCCUGGAGAUCCACAUGCGCAGUCACAGCGGGGAGAGGCCGUUCGUGUGCCUGAUCUGCCUCUCCGCCUUCACCACGAAAGCCAACUGCGAGCGUCACCUGAAGGUGCACACGGACACUCUGAACGGCAUCUGCCACAGCUGCGGCUUUAUCUCCACCACCCGGGACAUCCUGUACAGCCACUUGGUAACCAACCACAUGAUCUGCCAGCCAGGCUCCAAGGGCGAGGUGUACUCCCCUGGGCCCGGGCUCCCAGCUGCCAAGCCACUGACACCAGGUCCAAGCCAGCCGAGCGGGACCCCCAUCCUGAAGUGCAGCCUCUGCGGCUCCGUGGCCGACAGCCUGGCCAGCCUCCGGCAGCACAUGGUCCUGCAUGGCCCCCUGCCCGCUGUCCUGGGAGGGGCAGAGCCCACACCGGCCCUGGCACAGCCGGAGUCCCCUGCCAACGCCCCGGCGGCAAAGCCGUGCCCGGCGGACGAGCUGGAGAAUGGCGAGGCCAGGCCCCCGCACACAGAAGGCUGCCCCUCAGCCUUGUCUUCCUCGGGCGAGGUGGCACCACCCCUCAGGAUCAAGGAGGAGCCCACGGACAGCCCCGGAGGGGAGGUGGAGGCGGCCAAAGGCAACCCCCUGGCAGAGCCGGCUGCCAGUCCCAGGUCGGAGCCAGAAGCCUCCUCUAGGGCCUCGUCCCCGCACAGCCUGCCCUCGGUGAAGGUGAAGUCGGAGAUCGCCAGCCCCACGCCAGGGUCUAGCCCGGUGCCCAGCGAGCCAGGGGUGGGCACAGCCGGCGGCAACGUCUUCCUGCCCCAGUACAUGUUCGGCCACGAGGCUGCAGUCGUGCCCCAGGCCUCCGAGAUCCUGGCCAAGAUGUCGGAACUGGUGCACAGCCGGCUCAAGCAGGGCCACGGCACGGCGCCCCCGGCCCUGUACCCCAGCACCCCGCUGCCCAAGGGCGCCACUUGCUUCGAGUGCGAGAUCACCUUCAACAACAUCAACAACUACUACGUGCAUAAGCGGCUCUACUGUUCCAGCCGCCGUGUGGCCGAGGACAGCCCGCCCGGCGCCCGCAAGGCCAAAGCCACGCCUGCCACGCCCAAGGGCCCGGCCACGCCCGGGGCUCUGCUCUCAGCCCAGCCCCCCGCUGCCGUCGAAGGCCCGGGGCCGGCCCCGCAGGAAGGGGAAGCCGAGAGGGACGCCAGCCCGCCUGCCCCUGCCGCGGAGGCCAAGCCGGAGAUCAAGGUGGAGGAGGGCUCCCCCGAGGCGGAUGGGGCAGGCCGGGCCAGCGAGGACAGCCAGAGCCCCAGCAGCUCGGUGGACGACGCGGACGACGACCCCAGCAAGACGGUGUGCGAGGCGUGCAACAUCCGCUUCAGCCGUCACGAGACCUACAUGGUGCACAAACGCUUCUACUGCGCCUCGCGCCACGACCCACCCCUGCGCCGGCCCAGCGCCCCCAAGGUGCCCUUCCUGCACCAGCCCGUCCGCACCCGCAAGCGCCGCAAGCUCUACGAAAUCCACGGCGCUGCCAGCCCUGCCCUGGGACCGGCCCACCCCCUGGCUGAGCAGCUGGCCGGCGCCACGGACCCGCUGGCGGGGGGCACCCGGCCCGAGGUCCCGCCCAUGCUGUCAGCUCUCAUCUCUGUGGCUAAGGUCCAGGGCGCUGCCCCCUCCCCCAGCUCCAGCCCCGAUGCCGACGGCCCCAUUGACUUGAGCAAGAAGCCACGGCUGCACGGCGAGGUGCUGCCCGCCUCGCUACUGCCCCUGGCGGACUACCACGAGUGCACAGCCUGCCGCAUCAGCUUCAACAGCCUGGACAGCUACCUGGCCCACAAGAAAUACUACUGCCCCGCCAUGCCCCUCCAGGCCGGCACCCUGGAGCAGCUGCACAAGAUCAAGGGGGCCGUGCCACCCCCCUUGAAAGGCCGGGGCAGUGGUGCCCCUGAGAAUCCGGACAUGCCGGGCGAGGAGCCCGAUGGGGUGCGGGUCAAGGUGGAGAAGGCGGUGUCGUCGGUGAGCCCCGGGGUCCUGGUGGCCAAACCGCUGGCCCUGCCGGCCACGUACCCCUGUGCCUCCGGCGUGGACUCCGUGCAGCGCUACGGCACCGCCAAAGCCCUCCACCUCUCGGGGGCCAAGGUCCCGUUGGCCGUCUGCCCCUACUGCCCACUCAAUGGGGCCGUCAAGGGAGACCUGAUCGAGCACUUCCGUAACGCCCACGGGCUCUUUGGAGCCAAGCCAGGGGCAGGCCCCGGACUGCCAGAGGCCGUGGCCCAAGCUGCCGCCAGGACACAGGCCGGCUGCGCUCCAGAGAGCAGCCUGCCGCCUCUGCCCACGGCCUCCCCGCCCCAGCCCCUCGCCAGGCUCCGCAAGGACAGCUUAAACGGCAAGGAGCCCACCGCUUCCUCAGCCUCCAACGGCAGCCCCCGGCCCGCAGGCUCCCCCCGGCCCAGCCUGCCCCUCUCGCCCGCCGCCCCUUUGACCAUGUCACCGGCGCCCGCGGCUCCGAGAGAGCCUGGGCCCACGCCCGCCGCCCCGCCCGGCUCCACGGACAAGAGCGUGCAGACCGCGCCCAGCAAGGCCCUGCCCAGCCCCAGCCCCAACGGCAACCACAGAUACUGUCGCCUUUGCAACAUCAAGUUCAGCAGCCUGUCCACCUUCAUCGCCCACAAGAAGUAUUACUGCUCCUCCCACGCUGCCGAGCACGUCAAGUGAGCCCUGCCCCAGCCCAGCUCGGCAGCCUGGCAGGACGCCCCGCGGCCGUCACCCGCCGCUCACGCCCCGCAGCCGCUGGCUGCGGCCCAGCGAUGGGUUGGAAAGCAGGACUCGCCCCAAGCCAGGGCCCUGCAGGAGGCUGGAAUGGGGAGGGGGGUGAUUGCACAAUGGGUACAAGUCAAACGGCUCUUCUGAAAGUAUCCCCUGAGGCUGAGAGAGGGACACACCCGGCCUGCGCUGGACCCUUGCCCAUGGCUACCCACUGCCCCCCGUAUGUUACAGAAGCUGGAGGGAGGGAGUGUUCCCUGCUACCGUAUUUUUGUGCUCUGGGUUGUAUAUGUCUAAAGGCAGCCCCCCCUCGCCCACCUUCUCCCACACACACCCGCCCACAGCAGGGGUCUCGUUCUGGCUCGGUGCUGGUUCUGCAGCAUGGGCUGCCUCCCUGCUCCCCAGCCCUGGUCGACGCGAUUUUCUAGGUUUGGGGGCAAAUUUGCAGAAAUUCAAUUCUCUCCUCUCCCCCCCCCACCCCCCGGUGCCAGGCUUUGCUCCAGCCUCUCACAAUCAGCAUCCAACGGGCGGUUUGGCACUUUGGUUUGGAGAUGGGAAAACUGAGGCACAGACCCUCUCCCGAGGUCACGCAGGGAGCCUGUGGCACAGCCGGGAGGCAGCCCAGCUCCCCUGACUCCCAGCCCUGUGCUGAGACCUCCUGGCCAGUCCGGCUCGUAAAUAGCCUGUUGGAAUAGCAGGGAGUGUUGGCAGCACAGGGCAAGGGGGUUUGAGCAGAAAACCCUAUGCCAGCUUGUGUCCCUCGGGCCCAGAAAUCCUUAGGGGGAGCACCAGCCUCAUUCUCCCCUUUGCCAAUCCCUUGGCCGCUGGCUGAGAGCCUUGCGCCGGCAUGGGCAGCUCAGGGAGGCUGCCUGGCACCUUUAGAACAGCACUGGGCAUCCCCAGGUGCCAACUUCUUCCACAUCCAGCUGAAUGCCUCUACCGGUGCCCAGUUGCUCACCCACUCUGUGUGCAGCCUCGGUCCCCGGGCUGUGCCCCUGGGCAUGGGGGCAGUCCUAGGGCACGUCCCCGUUGGUGGUGGAAUCCGGCUCCCAGCUGCCCUUGGGGCCCCAGUGGAGUUGGUGGAAGUUUUGCCCGGGCAGAACUGAGGCCUAGGAUGGGGCUGGAGGUAUUGAUGGCUCUUAGCUCCUGCUGGGGUGAGGGCAGGCUGGUGAGAGCGCUAGGCCGAUCUCUCAGAGCUAGCAGGAGAGAACAGGAGUCUGGGCAAAUAUCCCCCUCCCCACCUGCCUGCAAAUUCCCUCCCUUCUGUAAGGGGCUGCCCUGGCCAAUGCCACCUGCACAGCACGGCCCAAGCAGUGGUGCCUGGAUUCUCCUUUCCGGGAGCCCGGACAAGGCCAUCCAAGGAUGGUGGCUCACAGACCCCUCCGGCCAGGCACAAUUCCUCUUUGGAUCCACCCUCUGGGUCUUUUCUCCAGAGCUCCCUGCAUCAUGUGUGCACCCCUCUCUCAUCCCCCAUCGAGCCUGGGCCCCGGGGGGCGUAUGUCAAACCGACGGGGACUGGAACAAGAAACAAGACAGCACUGAAGUUGAGAAUGAAGCCUACACAUGGGAACUUGUGUGUAUAAGCGUGUACAUAAAUAAAUAUGUCUAAUGAA